GACGCUUGUAUAACCCUGCCAUGGCUGCUCACCACUACAAAGCUGUUUGUGCUAUCUUGUUUGCUGACACUAUGGACCUCUGUCAAUAUAUACAUACAAUCCAACAUGCAAAAGAGGUAAACCAGUUCUGCUUUACAGUCCAGUCCAGGUGAGGUGGGGGAGAAAGACGUACCAAUUUUAAAUGCUGUUGUCUGGACUUCAUUUAGAACAGGUUCAUUUUCCUGAUUCAAACUUCCUAGGCUUUGUGUAGUUUGGUCACAGCAACGUAAUAUGCUUAGUUUAAUGGUGAGACUUGGAAAUGAGUCCACGUUUCAUCUGCAUUGGAGUGUAUGCAGGUCCACGUACUGGUUGCCAUGUGCUCAUUGAAAUGUCCAAACCUCUUGUGCAUUGUUUUUUGCACUAGACUCUGCAGAAGUUGAUGUAUAAUCCAGACCGUGGUGUGGUUGCUCCGUUAACUGCUAACUGGGUCUACACGUGGAAACAUGUGAUUGAUGAGCUGAGGAGUGGGGUGUCGUUGCGAAAAACCAAGGCGCACCAAAAUACCAGCAGUCUUCUGCAGGUGGAUCUAUCCCCUCACGAGAAACUAAUGAAUGACAUUCAAUACAGGCAGUACACCCUCCGCAAGGUUCAGACGUUUAAUAAAUUACAGGAGCUGGCAAGCCCCCAUGACGUUAUUCUGAAUUAUGUUCGCUCUAACCCUCGUUUGAAGCCAGCCUCCAACAGAAAGCUAAAGAGUCUUCCCAAAGAGGAAGCAAGUCUGCACCAGCUGCUUAUGACAGAAAUCCAAUCAGCUGGGAAACUCCGCCCCCUAGCGUCUCGGAGGAGGGCUGCUUGCCAAGGCACAGUACAGCAGGAAAUCUGUUUAACAUUGAGACUCUGGUUUUUCAGACCCAGUUAGCUUUCAUUUUGAAUGACCUUAGCAAAGGAACCAUCAAGUGAUCUGUGAAAGCAGACCCAGGUUAUUUCAGGCAGUCUUGCAUGGCAUUGAUCUGUCCAUAUUUUGAAGGCUGAUUCUCAGUCUGCUGGUUUUAAUGAGAUGGUGUGAGUGGGCAUGCAUGUUACGCAUCUUUUUAAAAAUAGAUUAUCUGUCAGUGUAGAUGUUAAUACUGCAUCGCCCCCAAACUGCGUGGUCUCUACCUCCAUCUCCACUUCCAAAGACUCCCUCGCAGAUGACCCUUUCUACAUGUUGAGACCCAUUCCCAAACCAGAUCUCAAGGACUUCGAAUCGGAGGAAGACUGCAGGUCUUUUGAGAGCAGUGAUGUGAUGCACUCUGCUGAGCUACCAAGCAGCUGUACAGAGGUAAAGUUCUUUCCCAUGCUGUCAUCAUCCCCACAAGACUUGCAAAACGGCGUUUCAGACCAGAGACGCAGGUCCAAGUCAUUUGACAGUAGUUUUGGAUUAAAUAAAAAGGACUUCAAUGAUGAUUGCCAGCCUCCCACCAUUGCUGAUGUGAUGACGCUCCGGCAGGCAGAAUGUAGACAGUACUCUGGUUAUGGCAGCAGUAGAAAUAGGAGGAUGUGUUCUAAGUGCUGCAAGAAAAGUGUUCACUUCACCUGGCAUAAUGCCUGCACCUUCUGUAACCGGAUAGUGUGUCCGGAAUGUUGCAUGAAGAUGCUGCUCCCCUACAAAUGGUGCAUGCAUCUUCCAGUGAGCUUCUUCAAGAAACUUGUUCUAAUGAAAGAUGGGGAUCCAAUCUGCCAAACCCAGGAGAUGAGCACCUUCUGGCAGGAGAGAUGGGAUUGGGAUUGCUCCAGAAUUCCUCUGGUCCUCGAGUCCCAAAAACCAAGCAAGAUGGCCCCACAGCACCGAUCAGCCAUGCAGGGCUGGUACAGUAAUGAUAUCUGUGUCAGCUGCCAGGAGCACCUUGUGGAGGUCUGUGACUCCUCUUUCCUCUUCCUGGGUGCUGCCUCGACCAUAAAAACACAAGAACUCUGAACGCUUGAUCCCAUUGCAAUUUAAUAAUGUUACUAACUGGGAGCUUUUCCUCCACUUCGUUUCCGAAUGUAAAUCCAGUUUUGGAUCUCUCACUGCACACGGUUCCAAGUAUGUGCAGAGCACAUGUGUUUACACGUUAAAUCACGCUUCUGUUUUUUUGUAUAUUUUAACGUGAUGCACUUUUUUUGAGAAUGAAAUCACUUGCCAUUUAUAUUCACAUCAUGUCACUUAUUUUAAUGCUCUUAUUUGUACAUUAUGAAUUUCAAUGGAUUUAAUGCACUGUUUAAUUCUCAA